AUGGUGAGUGAUCAGGAUCGCAUGUUUGUUAGUACAUUUUGGAAGGAACUUUUUAAACUUCAAGGUACCCAGUUAAAGAUGAGUUCAACGUAUCACCCUCAAUCAGACGACCAAACGGAGGUGGUCAAUCGAUCAUUGUAUGGACUACCACCACCGACAAUAGCAAAUUAUUUGGAGGGCACUUCAGUGGUAGAUGAAGUUGAUAAAGGCCUCUGUGAGAGGGAUGAGCUACUGCAGCAGUUGAAGGGUCAUUUGGAAAAAGCAAGUAAUCAAAUGAAGCAACUCACAGAUCAAAAGCGGCGUGACUGUGUGUUCGAGGUCAGUGAUUGGGUUUUCUUACGGCUACAGCCUUACCGACAGUGCAAUGUUUUCCGAGGAGCCCAUCAGAAAUUAGCUAGUCGUUUCUUUGGGCCUUAUCAGAUUGUGGAAUGGAUUGGAAUGGUAGCUUACAGAUUGGCUCUUCCAGACAUGGCAAGAAUCCACUCAGUUUUUCAUUUUUCCUUGCUCAAGAAAAAGGUGGGUGAUGUUUCUCAUAUCACAUCAGAUUUGCCGCCAUUUUCUAAAACCAACACACCAUUGCUCCAACCUCAAAAUGUUCUGGAUUUCCGAUGGGUGAAACAGGGAGCUAAGUAUGUCACACAAGCUCUCGUCCAAUGGAAGAAUAUGUCCCCUGAAGAUGCCAUGUGGGAAGAGGGAUGUUAUCAAGCUGUUAGAGGUAAUCUUAUUUAA